CUGCGCCGCGGCCGGGGGCGCGCCCAUGAAGAUGGAGCCGGGCCGGCCGGCCUCCCCCGUGGGCGGCCCGGGCCCCGACCCAGAGCCCGGCGGGCCCGGCGCGCCCUCCGCCCCCGCCCUCCACCUGGGGCUCGGCCCGCAAGACCCCGAAGCCGGCCCGGAUGCCGGACGGGUCCCGGGGCCGGAGCGGAGGCCUCAGCGCCUGGGCCGGGCCCCAGACCCAGACCCAGACCCCGACCCCGACCCCGACCCCGACCCCGACCCGCCGCUGUCGGAACUAGGCCCGCUUUAUUCCUGGACCGCAGAGCCGGAGGGUGACGGCCCUCCAGGCUGCCCGCACAGCGCGACAGCCCGCGCGCAGGAUUUCAGCCGCAGCCACCACCUGCGGGGCGAGGUCGAUUUCUUCCCCCCCUUCCCCUCGCCCGGGGUCGGCGAGCCGGCGCUGGAGCUGGGUCCCGGGGACCCGGACCGGCCCUCGGACUUCAGCCAGACCCGCCCCUUAACGAGCGAGCCCGCGGGGUGCCCGGAGGACGCCUCCCGGCUCCGAGCCGUGUUCGAAGCCCUGGACGGGGAUGGAGACGGGUUCGUCCGCAUCGAGGACUUCGUGCAGUUCGCCACCGUCUACGGGGCAGAGCAGGUGACGGAGCUAACGAGCUGCUUGGAUCCCAGUGGGCUUGGCGUGAUUAGCUUCGAAGACUUCUCCCGAGGGGUCACGGCGAUCAGGAAUGGAGAUCCCGAUGGCCAGGGCCAGCUCUACGACGUCCCGCCCGCCCCUGAGGAGGAGUUGCCGGCCUGCCCUGAGGAAUUCGACGACUUCGUGACCUUUGAGGCCACCGAGGUGACCGACAGCGCGUACAUGGGCUCCGAGAGCACUUACAGCGAGUGCGAGACCUUCACGGACGAGGACACAGGCGCCCUGGGAGCCACGGAGGAGCCCGGCCACGGCGCCACGGAGGAGCCCGGCCACGGCGCCCUGCUGCUGCUCCCGGGCAGGUCCUACCUGCACAGCCAGUCGGUCGUUGCGGUCAUCGGGGGUGAGGAGCACUUCGAGGACUAUGGUGAGGGCAGUGAGGCGGAGCUGUCCCCGGAGACCCUGUGCAAUGGGGAGCUCGACUGCACAGACCCCGCCUUCCUCCCCUCCAGCGCCGACCCGCUUGCUGCCAAGCUGCACGGCAUCCUCACUGAUGAGGCUUUUGAGUUUUACUGUAGCCAGUGCCACAGACAAAUCAACCGCCUGGAGGACCUCUCCGCCCGCCUGAACGAUCUUGAAAAGAAUAGUCCGACGAGGCGGCUCUCCAGCAGGAAGGUGGCCAGACUACAGCUGCUGAGACUCAGGAAGGGAAAGCCCCAUAGACUCUUACCCUCCCAGCUGGCCUCAGGGACACGGAGGGGACAGGGAGGGACCUGGGGCCCAUGGGGCCCUGGCUGCCUCAGCUGCUCUGAGAAUUUGAUUUUCCUUCCCAGACACCAUCUGGUAUCGAAAAGCCCAAGCUUCAGGCACCUGCACCAGUCCGGGGCCCUGACCAUGGAGGCCCUGCAGGACCCUCGCCCAGACCCCGUGGAGGGCAUGGACGAGGACAUCGCCGACAAGGUCAUCUUCCUGGAGAAGCGGGUGUCGGAGCUGGAAAAGGACACGGCUGCCAACGGGGAGCAGCACAGCCGGCUGCGGCAGGAGAACCUCCAGCUCGUGCACAGAGCCAACGCCCUGGAGGAGCAGCUCAAGGAGCAGGAGCUGCGAGCCUGCGAGAUGGUUCUGGAGGAGACGCGCAGGCAGAAGGAGCUGCUGUGCAAGAUGGAGCGAGAGAAGACCAUCGAGAUUGAGAACCUGCAGGCCAGGUUGCAGCAGCUGGAUGAAGAGAACAGCGAGCUGAGGUCCUGCACACCCUGCCUGAAGGCCAGCAUCGAGCGCCUAGAGGAGGAGAAGCAGAAGUUGCUUGAUGAGAUUGAGGAGCUGUCGCUGCGGCUCAGUGACGAGCAGGAGAACAGGAGGAAGCUAGGUGACAGGCUGAGCCACGAGAGGCACCAGUUCCAGAGGGACAAGGAGGCAACCCAGGAGCUGAUCGAGGACCUGCGCAAGCAGCUGGAGCACCUGCAGCUCUUCAAGUUGGAGGCGGAGCAGAGGAGGGGCCGCAGCAGCAGCGCAGGCCUGCAGGAGUACAACAGCCGCACGCGGGAGAGCGAGCUGGAGCAGGAGGUCCGAAGGCUGAAGCAGGACAACCGCAGCCUGAAGGAGCAGAACGACGAGCUCAAUGGGCAGAUCAUCAACCUGAGCAUCCAGGGGGCCAAGAACCUCUUCUCUACAGCCUUCUCCGAGUCCUUGGCCGCAGAGAUCAGCUCCGUCUCCCGCGACGAGCUCAUGGAGGCCAUCCAGAAGCAGGAGGAGAUCAACUUCCGCCUGCAGGACUACAUCGACAGGAUCAUCGUGGCCAUCAUGGAGACCAACCCGUCCAUCCUGGAGGUCAAGUAGAGGCAGCACAGCCCCCGCGCGCCCCCGGGCCCGGACGCAGGACCCCCGGCGGCCCCGGCACGCCCCUGGGUGGCACAGAGGGGGCCCCCGGCGGCUCUGGCCUCCCGCCGUGCCACCUCUGUGUGCCUGGAGCUGGGGAAAGCCCCUCUGUGACCGCCGCCACUUCCCGCCGGUCAGGGCAGAACAGAAGGAAAUGGGUCCCCACCGGGGUGCUGCUCCCUGCACCCCGCCAGGCACCCUGACGGUGCCACCCAGGCCUCCGCUGCCCCGGAUGGCGUCGAGGCCCUGGGACCCUGGCGCCCGAGGUGGGGUUGGGAGGACAAGUGGGCGAGGCCAGUGCAGGCCAGGUCUGAGCUGCAGGCCCCUCCCAGCUCCUGGGGCUCCUCAGGCCACCACCCAGCCAGAAGGGACCCCCUGGUCCAGCUUUGGGCCCCGGGCCCCCCAGGCCACGGGCUGUGCCCACCGCCGGACCUGCCGUAGUGACCCUGGGGUGCUGACCCUCCUGUGACUCCAGAGUCCACCCAGCGGUGGUGGCGGCUGCCCCUCUGACCCUGGGGGGGUGCAGGCAGGGCUGUGGCAGGUGCUGCCGCCAGAGCGUGCCCUCCCUCCCUGUGCGGGUCUCUGCCGCCCCGGAGGUGCAGGCUGCUGGAACCACGUUUCCUUGGGGAGUGUGACGUCUUUAGGAGGCGAGGUGGCACCUCCCCGAGGUGCACCUGGCAGGAGGAGGGGCCAGGCGGGCUCUCCAGGUGCUCAGAUCAAGGCCUCCCUGGGACGGGCGUUCCAUCCAGGAGGCCUCUGCCCGGCGCCUGCACUGCCAGGAGCAGCCGCGUCUCCCCGGGGGCUGCAGGGCCUGGCCCCAGGCCGAGCACUGGCCAGGAGCCGCCUGGUGCUCCCAGGUGGGCCACGGCUGUGCGCGUGCGCCCGUGUGUGAGCGUGUGCGUGGCCCUGUGCCCCUCCACCCUCUGCGUGGCCCACCUUCUGCCCUAGGAUUUAAGACGCAGCCGCGUGUUGCACAUGUGGGGGAAGGCCUGGCUGUAAAUCAGUGUAAACUUGGAGGAGAGAUUUUUCUAUCAUGUAGAGUAGGUAUUUUUUAUAGAUUGAAGGUUGAUCAAUUUUUUAAUACUUCCGAGAGAGAAAACUAUCUGUGUAUACACAUGAAAUAUAUAUAUGUACCAUAAUAAACACUGGGACUCUGCCUCCCGCCCCGCCCUGCC